GAAUUCAUGCAAUGCUGGCCGAUUGCAGGCUGUCCAGAUUAUCUUGAACAGUUCAGUAGGCGCUAGCAAAGCACGAGGUCCUGAGCAUUUUCGAGUGAAUGCUCAUUUUGCGUUGCAGUUCGUUUGGAGAAGCCCUCCAGCCUCUAGUUGACAGUGCGACGAGCAGGGUUGUGAAAGAUGGGGGGCAGAGCAUUCCGGUUCUUGCCCAGUGAGGUGGAUUUCUUGCUGGGGGAACUAGAGAAGCAUGGCAAGACCCCACCCCAGCACAUCUUGGAAGAGUACACAGUCCAGCUAAAUGCUGACCCCCAACGCCAGGCGGAGCCCAUUGUCUCGAAGCAAUUAUGGAACUGGUUCCAAAAUCGUCGCCACCACUUCCGAAAAGUUGCUGGCACGGUUAGCCCCCACAAGUUAACCAAACCUGCUGCAAACCGCGAUUCUCCAGCGCCGGAACCAGCCAGGCAAACAGCGCCGCAGCCGCCGCAGCCAAGCCCCCUUGGUGCCAUCCCGAUUCAGGGGCCUUCAAGAGGCAGAGGCCGGCCCCCCCGAGAAAAGUCGGGCAGCCCACUUCUGCAUGCAACCAGCUCUCUUUCCAAAGCUUCUUCGCCGGCGCACUCGAGCCCGGGGGUGAACGUUACGUACGACGAGAAAGACUGCGCAGCAAAUCUGGACUACGAAAGUUUGUCGACGCGGGAUCAUGCCUGGUAUGACGUAGACAAGUUCGUGGGGCGGAGGGUCAACGACCAGGGCCAGAUGGAGAUGAAGGUGCGUUUCGGCGGCUUCAACGUUGACGAGGAUGAGUGGGUGGACGUCAAGACGGGCAUCCGGCAGCGCUCGCUUCCCUGCGAAGCCUCCGAAUGCGUGGGCGUCCUCCCAGGGGAUCUCGUGCUUUGCUUUCAGGAGGGCAGAGAGCAAGCGCUGUACUUCGACGCUGACGUGUACGAGGUGCAGCGGGGGCGGCAUGACGUCAGGGGCUGCCGGUGUCGGUUCAAGGUCAGGUACCGGGUGGACGGGAACGAGGAGGUUGUGCCACUCCGAAAGAUCUGCCGGCGGCCAGAAACGGAGUACCGCUUCCAACUGGCUGCCGCCGCGUCUGCGCAGGUCGCCGCCACAGUACCCCCACUCGCGGAAGGCGCUACACUCCCUUAGCAACUAGCAUAGGGUGAACUCGGAAGGAACCGUUGUGUCUGAAAGUUCGUGCGUUGCUUUAAGCAGCUUCUGCGUAGUGAUUCUCUCGACACAUUUUCACAUGGAAGCUCUUGCCCAUGAUGGCGUUAUUCAAAGCUACUUAGAUACGUUGAUGAAGCUGGGUUGUGCUACAGAAGUUCAGACAUGGAUUCUUGCGCAGGGCCAAGAUCGAGAAUGGGCGACAGAGAUCAUUUUGGAUGAAAAUCCGUCUCCUGUGGGAAAUGGAUCCCUUCAACUUGUGGCAGAAACUGGUAUAUCCUCGUUCAGGCGCCCCUAACCAAGCACCGUCUUAUAGUAUGGCAAGCGUAAUCAAUCACAACUUCAACGGAGACACGCGCUUUCAAGAUGGUCGGGUUGCAACGCAAACCUGGCCCAGCAGUGGCUAUUGACCCGGCCUAGCUGGCAUAACGCGGCCGGUUUACGUUCAUUGCUAUCAUCGCAGGGACUCUAGCCUAACGUACCGC